AAACAUAAAAUUCGUUUUCCAUUUGUUUUUCUGAUCGGUUUUCAAGUCAACUAUUGGGGUAUCGAACCUCUGGGAGGAUGACAAAAAUGGAUGGAAUAAGGCAACACCCUCCAUUUCUGUGGUCCGAGAAACAGCUACAAUGAAUGCCACUUUGCUGGAAGUGGGAUCCUUCUGGCUAGGGUUUCUGGAAUAUUUUCCACUUCUUUUCUCCACUACCCACAGUUUCUGUUCUCUUCUUUAACUUUAACCUAAAGAAAGUGUUUCCAGCUUUGGAAAGAACACAAACUUAAACUUUUCUGGAAGAGCCUCUUGCGAAUUUUUGGAGAUGGUGAGGGGAAAGGUUCAAAUGAAGAAAAUAGAGGAUGCAACAAGCCGUCAAGUGACCUUUUCAAAGCGUCGAAAUGGUCUUCUAAAGAAAGCUUAUGAGCUAUCUGUUCUUUGUGAUGCACAAGUAGCUGUCAUAGUCUUCUCCCAGAAUGGAAGGCUCUAUGAGUUCUCAAGUUCCGACAUGUCAAAGAUUUUGGAACGAUACCGUGAAUAUACCAAGGAUGUUCCUGCCAAUAAGUUUGGAGAUGAUUAUAUCCAGCAACUGAAGUUAGAAUCCGCAAACAUGGCAGAGAAGAUUCGGCUUCUUGAAAUAUCUAAAAGGCUCAACUAUACAUGGAACAGAUCGAUCAACUACGAUCCCAGGAGACUAACUUGCUCCAAGAGAAUGCCAAAUUAACUGAAACGUGGAAGAGUACAGAAAAGACAGCUCAGAAGCAAUGGCCUAGGCACUACACAGAAGUUGAAGCAGAAGAAGAAGCAGCACCUUACUGUUCGAGUAGCCAGAGUUUAGAAGUGGAUACAGAAUUAUUUAUUGGAUUGCCAAAGCAGGGUUUCUCAUUAUAAAUAAGGUCAUUGCAUGCAGAAGAGAAGAUGUAUACACGUAUGAAUUAAGAAGACACAGGAAAUGGAGUCUUUUGAUUCCGAGUUUGUACAAACCAUAGUCAUGUUUAUUCUCUUUCCCUCGAUCUUUCGGGAAUGCAUAGUGUACGAUACAGUUCAUGGAGUAUCUAACCUAGAUUAAGUUGUUCUGCUACCAUAUAUAUUAGGAGUAUUUCUGUUAGAAUAAGAGUUACAUAUCACGUUUCAGAGUUAAUCACUCAAUCAAUGUAAACGUGAUUUUUAUAAGAUCAGCUUUUAUAAUAAAAUGGCAUCAGAGAAGGCUAUUUUG